CUACUAAUACAGUAGCGCUAACAUCCCUAUUUCAGCCUUAUAUGGACCGUGUGCGCAUCACCAUACAGAGUCUUCGCGGUUCAUCCGCGAAGGUCUUUUGGAAUACCGGUGAGAGAGGCAGUUAAAGGGCUCUAUGUGGAAUAUGAGGAUGAGGAAACUGGUACUACCCUAUCAUACAAAGCUCUUCAUUGAUAAAGUACAGGCACCGUAUUGCAAGCGCUUCAAGCAGAGUCUUAUAAUCGAAACACUCCACCCGAUGGCGGCUAAAGGGGGGAACCUCACUUGCGGGAAGUGUGGAGAUAUUUGACACAUCUGUAUAACUUUGCAACCAUAUGCAUAAGCAUCAUGGGGUAAAGCGGAAGCCUAGGUGCCAGUACCGCAGUGAAGAGAUUGUUAGGGCUGAUCGUCGAGACCGCCACGAGAAGGAAUCUUGCAAAGGCACGGACAUGUUCAGCAGUCUUCUGCUCCUCAUGCGCCCCGUGAUAGUAAGUCACGGACAGCUAAGCGCGAAGGAGAAGCUGUCACAUCGAACAAUGGCAUCCAUACGUACCUCGCCAUCAAAUAGAACACGCUGGGCUUUGCUAGGAUAGAUCCGGAAGCUGGGCUUGCCGAUCGGCUGGUCUACAGGGGCGAGGUCUGGUGCCGUUACCCCGGUUGCGUGCAUCAGACAAAUACUCGGACCCCCCGCCCUGAUACCUGCCACACCCGAUUAGAACUAUCCCGGUGUCUUAUCUCCAGAAAAGGAUAUUAUACUUGCCAUGUGCUUGUAUAAGGGCUUUUCGCUCCAGAGUCGUAGGAGUCUACUUCUACAAGUACUUGCUAUCUUGAAACCUUGGACUUCUCUGUUUCAAGAGUCAUAAUAUCCAUAAUUUUUUGGCUCCUUACCAUUCCAUUUACCGGGCUUACACUUUUCCCGGUAAAUGCCUUUAUUCGUUGUCCAUCUCGGACAAUUGACGGACUGGCAACGCUAUGUGAGUAAAUUUGUCCCUAUAUACUAUUCUUCACCAGACCUGAGAUACUGG